AUGUGGAACAAGUACGUCAAGAACCGGCACCGGCAACAUGCUGCGGAGGGGACCUCUCCACAAAGAUCGCCAGUGUCGUUGAAGACGAACAGCAGCUUGGGAGAGUCAUCACCAGUGACAUCCUCGGCUCCGUCAACCCCAGGCUACCACUUUUACGGCAGGGAGGACAGCUACAUGUCACCAUAUCAGCAGGUUAUAGACUACGGCUCUCCCACGCAGGAGACGAUGCAAGCACAGCCCAGGGGCUUCCCCUGGACAAGCAAAGAUCGCAACGGCGGCGACCACCGACUCCACAAACCCUCUGGAAAGGCCGUCGCUUCUGGACAGGCCUCGGACUAUGCUGGCGAGGCUUCGCCAGUCUCGCGGUAUCCGCCCGGUACCGCAAUCAGCGACGAGGGUAACAAUAACGAUGACUGGCCGGAGCAAUACUAUGUGUACGAACCCACGAUGGCAGGGCCCACGAACUCGAUAGUCACCGAGAGCGAGACCUUUGACAAACCAGAGCCCUACGGCAUUCCGUACGAACAGACCAACGCCGACACUGCUGCUAUCCGCAUCCAGGAUGUGGCAGACAAGGAGCCCGUGGGCAUCCCCUACAGGGACGCCCAGGCCGGCGCGCCGCCGUUCAUGAGGGCCCAGUCUGCCACCGAGUUCCGCCGCGAGCAGGAGCAGUAUAAGAGAGCGCGCGGCGGCGGCGGCAAGGGCCACAAGCCGUCCAACAGCCUGCCUCACAUAGCCCUCAAGACCGGGGUGAACAGGCUACGCAAGAGGCGGGCGUUCACCGGCGACCUCCAGCUCCCCGCGCUGGACGUGUCCGGCUCCUCCACGACGGUCCCGGCCAUCGACCCGACAGAAUCACCAGGGUCGCAGCAGCACCGACUGCUCAGGCAGUUGUACUUCGGCCAGGGGAACAACAGCAGCAGGGAGACUUCCGAGUCUCCCGUGACGCCGCCGAUCGAGACUGCCCGCACGGCGGUGCCCGUCAAGCUCACGAGGACAGCGUCUGUCCCGAUGCGCAGCGCCGCGCCGCCGCCGAUGAACGUGUCGCCGCCGUCCAGCGAGGACGACAGCCUGAAACUGACAAGGCACGCAACGACGUCUGCGUCCUCCGCGUCUGCCAUCAGGGCAGCGCAGAUGAAGAGCCGGGAGAAAUCACCGGUCGACCUCGAGUCUUUCGCUACGGCCCAGAUGCCUCGCUCGCCCGAUGAGUCCCCGGUCCUGGUAUCUGCGACGCCGGUGUCUCACUACCGGCAGUUGUCUGACCGCGAGCACAGGCGGCAGGGGCUGCCGCCUGCAUUCCAGAAGCCUCAGCCUCUGCAGCAGGAGCAGGAGGAGAGCCGGGCCGGGUCGCUGGAAUGCAGCAACGACACUAGGCCGCUACACCACGAAUACUCGCCCAUGAGUCCGUAUGCGGACUGGGGGGGCGCAGAGACAGCGGAACCUGCCACACCACGGCGGCCGGAGGCGGCGCCGGACAGGGCUGGGAUGCUCACUCACGGCAUUCCUCCGCAGCACCGCCAGCGAGAUGCCCAGCAUGCUCGAGACGAAGACGGAAGCCGGCAGAGUAGGCAGGAUGCCGCGGUCCAGCAGCAGCAGGGUCGGUGGCCCGAGGACAAGGCCCCUCGCAUUCCCACCUUGUCCCUCUCCACGGGCACAUUCGGCUGGCAGCCAUCUGGUUACUCUGGCGGUCGCAAAGACAGCAACAACUACGAUAGGACAGCACGAACGACCUCUCGAACGACCAAGCAAGAAACACGAGCCGGGACUUUGUCUGACCUCUUCAGCACCAAGCCGACGAGUCAGUUAUAUAAGGACAGAAAGCCUAUCUUGAGAUCACGAAGCAGCGAGGAGGAACUGGAGCGCGAAAUGCCGGCCCGGAUAGAUACGCCACCGAUCGAGGACGACAUCAUCCAGCUAUACUGGGAAUCCCACACCAGGAAGCCAUGGCCGACGACACCCGACGUCGCCGGGAGGACGACAGCUAGGCACGAGACAGACGCUCAGGCGAGCUGGGACGCCAGCUGCAAAGCCUACUUUGUGGCCAAGUACCGGGAGCGGCUGCGAGCCGAGAAUUGGAGAAAUGAGCCGUACCGCGAGAGCAUGGGUAUCAGCCCCAACCCACAAGACUCGAAACACGCCCUGCCAGACCACAUUCUCCGCCCGAGUAACGGCGGAGCGGAGGACGACAUCCUGCCUUAUCUUCUUGGCGACCGAUUGUUCUACGUCGCUCUCGUCCUCAGCGCAUCACUGAAGGGACCGCACGCAACCCAGCUGUGGGAGAUAUUUGGCACACAUCCAGGCCACCUUCUGUCCAUAUAUGCCUCGCUCUCGUCAGCGAAUCGUCCUCAGGGAUCUGGCUCGCUCGACCUUGAACAAUACUUGGCUUACGCAAUCGGGACCAACAUGAAGAAGCCAGAAUCAGCCAGCAGCAGCAGCUCCUCCAUCGAGGACGGGCCCCAUGAGACGCAUGCCAGCUUCGACACGAUGAUGAAUACUAUCACCCGUAGGCUCGACGGGCCUGGUAUCUGUCCGCACGAGAUGGUCCUGCGGCAGAUCAAGGCUCAGUUGAAACGACUACAGAAAGAUCUCAAGUCGCACCCUAGACUUUGUGAGUUUCAAGACCCAAUUUUCGGUUGCCAGUUGAACAUGAUGAUGCUGACCAAGAGCCGCACAGUCAAACGCUGGGCAUCCAGGGGAACCACCACCAGCGAAGCCUCGCCACUGUACCACGGCCUGCAGCAGUACCUCAUCUCCCGCCGGGACAUCCUCCAGCGCAUCCUCGCCGACGCGAACGACAACCUCCCAGACAUGACCGCCCUCCUUGGAGCCACGGAUCGCCCGUUCCCCGCACGCGAGGACCCGGCGCCGCCGACAGACGUGACGGUCGUGUUCGACGCGCCCGGCUCCGGGAAGACGCGGUUCCUGCGCGACAAGGUGCUCGAGACGGGCGGGUACUACUUCAUGGCACCGAACCUGCCGUCGAUGCGCCCGCCCGUGCCGCCAAAGGACAAGCCCAUCAGCGGCAGCGGCAGCAACAGCAAUACCAGCUCGCCGAGGAUCGCGCACGGCGUGGUGUUGGCCAACGCGACCCGACAGCAGCCGGAGCUUGAUCACUUGUUGCUCGGCGCCUGCAGGAGCUUUGCGUCGCGCGACACGCACACGCUGUACCAGGACCUGUCGUUCCUCGAGGGUUCCGGCAUUGUACCUGCCGGCCGGCCCGUCCUGGGCACGCAUCGGCGUCCCCAUGAAAGGCUGCUCGACACCGAACUUUGCGUUGAGCCGCUCCUGCGCGCGAGGAGGCAUCUCUUGGACCAUAUGCCCGGAUACAAGAGCCCGAUCCGGUGGCUCCAGCUACAGAUUGUCGCGGCCUCGGCAGCUGAGAGUGGUGGUAUGGAUGGGAUGACAGAUGUGUUUGACGUUGCGUACCGGCUGUUCCGGCUGAGUCCCACGUGGAACGCUUAUGCUUCAGAGGACAGGAACGACCAGUUAUCGGACAUCUCGUCUGCGGUGCCAAUCUGUAUUGAUGAGGCUCAGGAGAUCAUAGGCGAUCAUCUGGCAGAGCGUAUCCUGCAAGGGAUGGUGGAUUACCAUGAGGGACAUGCGUACAUCGCGACUACUUCGAUCAACACUCUACCCUCAAAGGGGCCGGGCAAAAUCAACAACACUGAGAGGCAGCUGGCGCAAGACGUCCGCGGGCGUGACUAUCAGAACGGGCCAGUGCAAGGCAAGUUUACCUCAAACCAGCAGCAACUCCUCAACGAAAGAGCUGUCACGUCGAUCAACCGCAUCUCGAGCUCGCGCACAAACGUGAGCAACGCAGAAACCUUCUGGAGUGUGCUCUCACACCACGCCUGGAGUGUGGCCAGCGAGAUGUUUGAGCUGCAGAGCCAACGGCAGGCCGGCACGUUUGGCAACUCAGAGAACAACACCAGGCUUCCCCCAGCAGCAGACGGGCGAGAUGGUGACCACCACUAUCCACUUCUCACGCGAGACGGCCAGCCCCUAGGCUUCUCCAUCGACCUGCUGUCCCUUCUGCCGCCAGAUUCCUCAUCCCCCAACUCAAGACGACUGUCCUACAGCGACAGAUGGGCUGCUGUGGAGCAGGAGCUCUUGGCCAACUGGACCGUGUUCUCCGCGGACGUCCGGCACGAGGCGAUACAGAAGGAGUGUUCACGUUUCUUUGGCCGUGUGCGGUGGACAGCCACUUUCACCGAGGAGCUCCUGCGCAUCUCAUCAUCAUCAUCAUCAUCAUCAUCUUCGACCGCCAUCGCCACAGACCGCCAGCGUCAACCGCAGCAGCACCAGAACCAGUACAAAGGCAGACUGUCCGCCGAGGACAUCCGCACCGCGAGCGCCCGCGCAGCCGAGCGGAUCAAAACGGCGCUGAAGCUGCAGAUCCACAAGAUCCGCGACACGGCGAGCCUGCACGAGUUCCUGGCCACGGCGGUCGAGGUGGACACGUGCGGCGUGUCGCGCGACUUUGUGGGCGAGAGCGCGUCUAAGCUCGUCGCUGCGGGCCUGGCGCUCGUGUACGAGAGCGAGUCCGGGUCCGUCGUGUCGGUGAUACCGCCGGAGCUCGAGAGCGUAUCGGCGGCCGCCGCAGACCCCCUGAAUCCCAGGAGAGCGGCGUUCAUGUCCAUCGCCCAGUCCGCAGAACGCAUUAGCCAGGCCGCCGCCUCCGCGCACCACGACCCAGCCACUCAUGGCCAUCAGAGAAGCAAACCUCCCGUGAACGGCAACAUCGACAAGACUCUGUCCAGUCUGCUCACCGGCACGCUGGGGCGGUAUCAUCUGUAUGACUCCGGGCUGGACCUGGACCGCGGCGAAGGCGGUGGCCGGCGCUGGACGGCCGAGGAGUGGCUCAUGGCGCACUACACGACGAGCUCGACGAGCGACAACAGCUUCUACCAGAGCCUGCCCAACUUCUUCUUCGUGCCGGAUGUAGAUGGUGGUAAUACUGAGCCUCGUGAUGGCAGUGCUGGUGGUAGUAGUAGUAGUAGUGGUAGAGGGAGUCAGGGAGGACUGGGCAGCUGCAUGUUCUUCCUCACAGACUAUGAGGACAUGAGGAGGCGGAUACUGUGCGUUGUGCAGUUCCCUCCCAAGGCAUCAGACGACGCUGCCCGACGCGCGUCUUCCUGCCCGUCGGCGUUGUCCCCGCUGACGACUCGUAGUCCGGACCAGGCAAUGUGGUCACGCCUGACACCACCACAAUCGCAAUCAUCGUCGUCAUCAACACCACCACCGCCGACAGGAACACGCCCCGGGAUCGCCAGCCAGGACCAUCCCGCGUCGCGCAGCACCCGGCUCGUCCACCAGAUCCAGCACCUCCUGCCGCGCAUCCACUCGAGCUGGCCGGCGCUGUACAUCUCCGUGGGCGCGGACGGCACGCACGAGGAGGACACGUUUUUGGCCCCGGGAGUAGCGGCGGGAGGAGCACCAGCCGCGGCAGUAGGCGCCGUCGGGGCUGCUGGUGGAGGCGCAGGAGGCAUACGCCCACCCGUGACCCCGUGGUCCAAGGUCAUGGAUCCGUCGUCAAGACAACCCGGUGGUGGUGGUGGCGCUGCUUACUAUCAGGAGGACGGCCAGGCAUAUACCGACGGCGGGGAGCGCGGCACCACGGCAUCACCCUCGCAGUACUCGCAUCAUUACCAUCACGCCCGCUCGCAGUCUCAACAGGAGAGAUUCGGUGCCGCGAGGCCGGGAGACAACCACAGGCGCGCCUUCAGCGGUAGCAGUGUCGGCGGCGGCGGCGGUACUGGGAGGAACGGGGAUCACGCUCAGUCGGCCCAGCUCCAGCUGCAGCGGCCGAGCUAUGCCGUGCGAGUUGACGAGGAGCGGUUCGCGGAGGUGUGCGGUUGGGCGCUGAGGAAGGGAUUCCUGACCCACGCUUUCGGCCGCCGCAGCACCAUGAUUACCAUGGUCGGAUGA